AUGUCAAAAUACACAGCCGAAUCCUCGCGGCUCUGGCUGCAGCCUCUCAACGUCGACGAGCAUCUCCAAGAUUACUUCGAGAUCAUGUCAUCACCUGGUUCAAUGCUCUGGUCGCGAGCUGCACCUCACAAGAAUAUCGAAGAGACCCGAGCCCUGAUGCUCGACAGCUUGCCUACCCCAGAAAAACCGUGGAAUAGGAGAUGGGCGAUCUUGCUUAAACCUAGCUCCCCUACCGAUGUCAAAUCCAUAUCAAACCUAAAUCCAGAAAUUGGAAAUAGCGACGAUUCGGACGUCCCUUUAGACCCCAGAGCUGAAAAGCCUAAGAUGAUAGGCAUAGUAGGCACGCCCCGGAAAGGAGAGUUAGCAUACAAGAUCCACCCAGACUACUGGGGAAAAGGAUACAUGUCCGAGACACUGACAAUAUUUUUGAACAUGUUCUGGGCUGCUGAAGAAAACAAAGACUUCACGCGUCUAGAAGCAGGUGCUGAUCCAGAGAAUAUCGGGAGUGUGAGGGUCUUGGAGAAAGCGGGUUUCCGGAAAGGAGAGUAUGUUGAGGAGUUUCAUGUCAGGGCUGUUAAUGAGGGGGGGAAGAUGAGUGAUAUGCAGUUUUUUUAUUUGGAGAGGCCGGUUGGAUAA